AACCUGCUUUUAUCUCGAUGAGCCAUCCGCCUCCCCAAAAUAAAAGCUCGUGACAAAAUCUUUUCAAACAGUUUGUGAAAUAUUUUACAAGUAACUUCAAUUUUUCUAAGCUAAUCUUUCGAUUGUCUUAUUUAUGAGACAUUCAAUUUGUAAGUGGAAGUGAAUAUUGCCAACAAAAACUCUAGCAUUGUGGGUUACUUGCAAAACAAACAUCACCCAAUUUUGGUGACAAAGAAAUUUUUCCUUCGCCAGUAAAUUCAACAGAUUCCCCCGGAUAUUGAAUUUCGAGCCCAUCCUGGUCAGUUUCCUGAUUAUAAUUAGCGACAGGACACACAUCACAGAGAUAGGUGUCUUAGGGUAAAAAAAAAUCUAUUGUGACAAUGCCCCGACUGUUCGAAGACGAUGAGGUCCGAAGGCCGAUCUUGCAGGACACCGAUAGUGAGGAUCCGCCAGGUGAUUCGCGUGAACGAAUCUCGCGACAAAGCGACGAUGAUGAGCUGAAUCAACGAUCGGCAGGAUGUGGUUCAAGUGCCUGCUGUAAUCCCAAGUCCAGCUUACACCGGUUCAUUGCGCUGAUCCUGAUGUGUCUCGUCGGCUUCGGAUCCUACUUUUGCUACGAUAACCCCGGUGCGUUGCAGGACAAGUUUAAGUCUGAUCUGGACCUUUCAACGACUCAAUUCGUGUGGCUCUACUCAAUCUACUCAUGGCCAAAUGUAAUCCUGUGCUUCAUCGGUGGUUUCCUGAUCGAUCGGGUUUUUGGCAUACGGCUCGGCACAAUCAUUUACAUGUUCAUUCUACUCAUCGGCCAGCUGAUCUUUGCCACUGGCGGCUUGCUGAAAUCGUUUUGGCUCAUGAUUCUCGGUCGAUUUCUGUUUGGGAUCGGCGCUGAAUCGUUGGCCGUGGCGCAGAACAACUAUGCCGUCCUAUGGUUCAAGGGCAAGGAACUGAACAUGGUCUUCGGACUUCAGUUGUCCUUUGCCCGUGUCGGAAGCACGGUAAAUUUUCUGGUUAUGGUUCCUGUCUACAACUAUGUGAGUAGUUUGGGCUACAAAGGUGCCCUCUGUACCGGGGCCGUACUCCUGCUGGCCACCCUUACCUGUGUGAUGUCGAUGAUGUGUGCUUUGGUAUUGGGCUGGAUGGACAAGAGAGCGGCCAGAAUCCUGCGACGCAACGAUAACCCACCGAAUGGCGAAGUAGCCAAACUUUCCGAUAUCGGUACCUUCAAGAUAAGCUUCUGGAUGGUAACUGUAAUUUGUGUCGCUUAUUAUGUAGCCAUCUUCCCUUUCAUAGCACUGGGAAAGGUGUUUUUCAUGCGAAAGUUUGACUUCACGCCGGAGGAUGCCAAUACCGUGAAUUCGAUUGUGUACAUUGUAGCCGGCGUGGCCAGUCCUUUGUUUGGGUUAAUUGUCGAUCGUACUGGCCGGAAUGUGCUGUGGGUGUUCAUUUCGAUUGUGGUCACCAUUUUUGCGCAUGGUCUAUUGGCUUUCAGUUUCUACAAUCCUUACAUCGCAAUGAUAACGAUGGGUAUGGCAUACUCCAUGCUGGCUAGCAGCUUAUGGCCAUUGGUGGCUUUGAUAGUACCGGAAUAUCAGCUGGGAACUGCUUAUGGAAUCUGUCAAUCUGUACAAAAUCUGGGACUAGCUGUGAUCUCCAUGAUUUCCGGGCUCAUCGUCGAUAAAGGAGGAUAUUUCAUGCUGGAAAUUUUCUUCAUUGGUUGGCUUGUUGUUUCCCUACUGGCCACGAUUGUAAUUUGGUUAUACGACGCAAACAACGACGGUCUUUUAAACAUGUCAACUAAGGAUCGUCUUGCGCAAACUUAUAAAAACUUAUCCGAUUCGGCCAACAAUGAACCAUCGAUCCAGCCCGUGGCACCGGAUGGUUCCCUGAACAGCGAUACCGAUCAUGAGCACCAGCAGCAGCCACCCCAACAACAAUUGGCCGGCCAACAACCGGAAGUCAUUCGGAACCGUUAUCUGAACCGAGUGCUUGACAACCGAAGUGACUCGGAACCACUGAUUGAGUAAGCAGCAGAGCACGAGCAAUGAUCUGUCCACUACUACUGCUCAGGAACUGUCCUUGUAAGAUUGUACGUUAUAAUCGGGUUUUGAUAUGAGAUGGUUCUAGCCCAUAUUUCAAGAUGUGAUUUGUUUAAUCUGUGUUUCCCAUAACUUGUUAAUUGCAAAGUUUUGUGUUCAUCGUGUACAUAAUGUUUUAUUUCUUUGAUGGGAUACACUUAGCACAAUUUUAAUUCUGAAUAGAAAAUUAACAACUGUUUGUAACUAGCCAACAAAAUUUUUUAAGCAAAAAGACAAAAAACGGAAAAUUAUGUAGAUCCUGAAAUAGCUUGUCUAUCAGGCGUUUAUUCUCGGAUCACAAGUGAUUUAUCUAAAAAUUUUGUUGAAAGUAAUCUUAACUUGUCAUGCAAUUAAGUCUUGGUUAGUAUUAGUAGGAUCUCGUAAACUAAAAUUUAUUGAACACGUUAGAGCAUUUACUAUACGAGAAGCAUUCCUGAUACAAUAAAAAAAAUAUUAAAAGAGUAUAUUUAAACGUAUCUGACGAAAAAAUUAAAAUUGGAAUACAAAACAGCUAUCGUUGUCUAGCAUGUAUGUGUCUUAAUCAAAUUUUGAAACCAAACAGUGUAAAAGUGUGUGACAGUAUAAGAUAGAAGCUACUGAAGAAAACAAUCAAUUGGAAAAGUUCAAAAACUUUAGAAAAUAUAUAAGGAACAUAUCUCACCUAAAAAAGAAAGCAUAUAACAUAAUGUUAUAUAGGUAGCAGUAAAUCUAACAUACCGUAAAAAGACGCCUAUACUAACAUAUUACGAAAGCCCAUAGAAAAGAGUUUUGCCAAAUUUUUAUCAAUUACUUAUUGGAAAAAAUGUUAUUAAAAUAUUAAUUUUCUUUAUAUACUAGGUAGGAUUAGGGAGACGAUCCUAUUGUUACUCGAACCCUUAGUUGAUAAAGAUUAAAAAAUAAAUAAAUAAAAGAAUUGUGAGCUUUUUUGUAUUUUAUGAAUGUGA